AUGCGCCCAAGGGCAUACAGCCCCCCUUUUGCCGGAGUCAUUCGCAUCCUAACCACGACAGCAGAAGAGGCCUCUGGUUCCCCCUCCCCCUCCCCUGCAAGUAUUAAGCGUAGAGCUGCAGUUGGAGCUGCGCCUUCAGGGCGCUCUGCGGCAUCCGUGCGUCCAGGGGAACGCGAACCGAACAGUCUAGGGGUCUUGUGCGGUCUGUGCGACUCAGCGGGGUUCUAUGUGGAUGCCGCCGUCUACGGUGACAAGGGUGUGAGGCGCCAGAUGGAAGAUGAGCGUCUCGUGCUGCCCUCUUUGGCCACUCUUGAGCCCUCCUUGAAGCCCCAAAGGGAUUUCGCCGUUUUUGCGAUUCUGGAUGGUCAUGGCGGUCGCCAGUCGGCUUCCUUCGUGAAAGCCACGCUGCCUCUGGAGAUCGCAACGCAGCUCAAGCUGUAUGCGGAGCAGCAGCCAGAAAGCGGAGCAGGAAGAUCCCUCACGGCAGCAAAAGCAGCAGCAGCAAGCAAUGAACUUUCGACGGGAGGGGUCUCAGAUCAUGAGAUGAAGCACGUGCUGUACGCCGCAUUUCGCAAGAUCGACUCCCGCAUCGCCACAGAAAUCCCUGCCUGCAGAGAUGGCUGCACAGCGGUAUUUCUGCUGAUGUUGGCGCGUCAAGCCUUUAUUGCGGGCCUGGGAGACAGCGCGGCUUAUCUAGCCAGAAAGCACGAGACAGGCUAUCAUGCGAUUCCGCUGACUGAGACGCACCGACCCUAUCUGCUGGCUGAAAAGGAACGCAUUCUGAGGAUGGGCGGCUCGAUUGAGGGAGGCCGCGUCAAUGGACAGUUGGAGCUCACACGAUCGUUUGGAGAUAUACCGCUCAAGCGCUACGGUGUCUCUUGUGUUCCCACAAUCCGCAAGACUUCUCUGUGCCCUUCGCAAGAUGAGUUUCUGCUGGUCGCGUGUGACGGCUUUUGGGGGGCCUGGGGUGCAUCUGAAGCCAUCAAUAAAACGGCAGAGUUCAUUCAAAAGGAGAAACGGUCUGCAAAGGUGAACUCGAGGCCUUUUGACCCCUCGGCAGUUUGCCGCCAACUUGUGGAUUACGUUUUAGUCGACCGAAAGGCACAGGACAAUGUGAGCGUGCUGCUUAUUCUAAUAAAUGAGGGAGAGGCUCCGGCGAAGAGUGAGGCCUGA